AUUUAUUAGAUAUAAAAUGUCAUUCAAAGAUGGUAUUCGUCAUAUAUCUAUUCAAACAAAGAAUGAAAAUCAAGACUUUAAUCAUGAGGAAAAAACAAGUAUGUGGAAUGCUGUUUAUGCAACUAAAAAGCAAUUUAAUGAUGACAAUAUUUUAAAUGAUAAUGCUGAUAAUACUUUUCAAUCAUGUUCAGAGCAAAGUGAUCUUCAAGUAUUGUUUAACAAUGUAAAUAUAAAGGAUCCAAGCUCUGAAAAUAUAGAAAAAAUGCAAUUUAAAAAAAGUUCUAGCAAAGUUUUAACAAAGAGAAUUCGACCACAAACAUCCUGUAAUUCUAUUGAAUCAGGUUAUUGUGAAAAUAUAGGUGGUCAACCUUUUAAUUCUGAAAAAUCAUUUGAUUCUCUAAGUCGACCAAGGUCAAAUCGAUCCAAUCAAUCAAUAAGUAGUAGAAAAAUUAGGUUUCCUGAUUCAAGACAAAGUAUGUCAUUCAGCAAUAAUAAAGUUAGAGACAUUGAUGCUGAAAAUCAUCGUUUACUGAAAGAAAUAAUAAAAAAGAAAUCAGAUUCUUCUCGAAAUACUACAAUUAUGCCUGUUCGGUUGCAAUCUGCAUCAGCAGUUAACCGAAUGAGAAAACAAAAAGAAAUUGAACGUGAAAAUUUACGACUCUUAGGAAAAAUACAGAAUGCUAAACCUACAAAUGGAAUAUCUCGCAGUGAGUUGAUAAAAGAUCAUAUAACAAAUGAAAUUCUUGUUGAAAGACUUUCAAAAACUAAUAAGCGUAACAAUUUAUUACAAGAGCAGAGUGUAUCUAGGCUUUCUGCUUUUCAAAGACAAUUUGAUAAUGAAAGUGUAAUCAGUUCUGCAUCAAGUUUUGUUAAUCAUUUGACACAUAAAGAAUGGGAUUCCUAAUAAAACAAUUUUAUAAAAAUACAAAUUUAAUUUUUAAAAAACAGGACUAAUUUAAUAAAGCAUUUCUUUUUUUGUUUACUUUUUAUUUUAUUGUA